GGGAGCUACAACAAAAGCCCAUGUCGCUGGAGUAAAAAAUACUAGCAAAUCAGCAACUGGCGCAUAUUCAAAGUAAAGUUAAUCUUAAGCUAUCGUUGCUUUGACUUUAUUGCCCCCGACAUAAGCAUUCAACAUCCAGUCUUGAUCAGUUUCAUUUCGUAAAACAUUCCGAGCUCCUACAAAUUUUGCGAACGACUCCUUGCACAACAAAUUUAGAUAGAAUUAAAUUAAAAUGGAGAACAACACACCGGUUUUUUAUAACGCUGAGACCGUGCGACGGGUUUUGAAUUGGCCGCUCGUAAACGAGGCUGUGGAGAUGGCUUUGAAGGCUGGGGCAGCCCUGGCGCCACCGCCCGCCGGCGGCCCCUACGUCAACCAGCCGCAGCGCAGCUUCACUGUGGUCGGCAAUGAGCCGCACAACCUGCUGCUGACCAUGCCCGCCUUUGUGGGCGACUAUGCGCUGACCUUGGACGGAUCGGCUGGCGAUGCCAUGAAUGUGCGCCGCCAAACUCUGGCCUGCAAGCUGGUCACCUCGUUCCGAAGCAAUGAGCAGCGUCGGCCACCGCUGCCCGCCGUUAUGGCGAACAUUUUGUUGUUCAACAGCAGCACCGGACAACUGGAGUGCAUUAUGGAUGGCACUGACAUCACCAAUUGGCGCACAGCCGCCGCUUCUCUGGUGGCCACCAAGUACCUAUAUUUCCGUCGUUUUGGCGCACACUCCGAGCAGUCCCGCGAAAUUACGGUCAGCAUCGUUGGUUGUGGCGCCCAGGGACGUUUCCAUGCCACAGCCAUGUGUGCCAAUUUCCGUGUGAAGCAAUUAAAUCUGUGGAAUCGCACGGAGGCCAAGGCUGUGCAGUUGGCUGAGCAGCUUCGCUUCCAGUUUGGCGAUCGGAUUCCCAUCUCUGUUUGCAGUUCGACUCGUGUGGCCUGCCAGAAUGCUGAUGUUAUUUGCAUUGCCACCUAUUCGCGUGAGCCUCUCAUUUGCAUCGAUGAUCUUAGUAAGGAGCGUUCAAUUCACAUUAAUGCUGUCGGUGCUGGUGAGGUUCAUUUUGGCGAACUCGCCAAUGAUAUAUAUGCGGAGGCCGAGGUCUAUGUGGAUAGCCGUGCCAGUGCUGCCAUCGAGCUGCGUGAUCUGCCCGCAUCAAUUGUAGCUGAAGUAGGAGAAGUAAUACUAGACGGCAAUUAUCCUGAUGAGCGGGCUCUAAGUGUCUUUCAGUCACUAGGUAUGGCUUCGGAGGACACCUGCGUAGCUCAGGCCGUACACGAGGCUUUAAUGUCGGGCAUCAAAUAAGGAAACGGGCACCAAACUCUCGCCGAGUGCAUUUCAUUUUCACCAAAGUGGAAAUGCAAUUUGCAUAGAAUACACAAAAUCCUGUAAAAAUUCAAUUAUGUGAUAAAUCACUUUGUGAAACUACAAAAACAAGAGGGAAAAAAUUAACUGAAGCAAAGCUAUUGCCAACGUGGCCUUCAAUCAAAAUACAAAUCCAUAUGUAUUUGAUUCCAUUUAAAUAUCUGGUUAAUAUUAUUUGCUCGAUAAUGCAUCCAUUAUGAAGAGCUCUAAAUAGAUCUUAGAUCUUA